UAUAAAUGUGCUGGAAGUCGCAUCCAAACAAAUCAGUUGUACAAAAAAUUGACAAGUGUUAAGAACCUACAAGCGAUAGAACGCUAACGAAAUUGCAGAGGCAUUGAGUUGAGAGAAAUUUGAAAUUGAGUAAAAGGACUUCGUUUGUUCGGUCGACGUGCGCGCAAUGAAACGUUUGGUGAUCUGUUUGCUACUGUUGGGUGUGUCUCAAGUCACACCCACAUUGCACGCAUUUAAGAAGUCUUUGUUGUUCGGUGGAGGUGGCAGUGGCGGUUGCGGUGGUGGCUGUGGCGGCGGUGGCUUUGGAGGUUAUGGUGGAGGUGGCGGUGGAUAUGGCGGCGGCGGACAUGGCUAUACCUCUCCCAGUAUAGUUGUAGUGAAACAGUUGCCUUCAUAUGGCGGCGGUGGCUAUAGCGGUGGUGGUGGUGGUGGUGGUUGUGGUAGUGGUGGUUGCGGCGGUGGCGGUUAUAGACCCAACUAUGGCGGCGGCGGCGGCGGCGGUGGCUUCAAGCCUAGCUAUGGCGGUGGCGGCGGUGGUGGUUAUGGCGGCAAUAACGCAUACUCAUCCAGCAGUGCGAACAGCUACAGCGGUGGUUAUGGGGGCAGUGGUGGCAAUGGAGGCUAUGGCGGUCAUCCAGGUGGUGGCGGUAGUGGCUUUUGUAACACCUGUGGUGGUGGUGGUGGUGGCGGCGGUGGUUAUGGUGGUGGUGGUGCCUACGCCAGUGCGCAAUCGUCGGCUAGCGCCCACGCUGGUUCAUGGUAAAGAGAGAAAAGUGCCAAGAAUUUUAUAUUGAAUAUGAAGGACUUGUUAUGAAAAUUUACGAAUUUACUUAUAUGAAUCUUUAACUAAAUAUUUGAAUAGUUUUUUGUAAGUGAGUGUGACAUAUUUUGUGGAAAUAAAGCAGUUUUUUUAUUAAAAAUUUAAA